CGGGCAUGGGGGUGACAGGGACGCAGGGAGGGCAGGGUUGAGCGGCAUGUGGGCAGCUCACAGCCAGCCCUAGAGGACCUGCUGUCUUGUCUGGUCUUCCCGUAAGGCCGAGAGACGGGGUGUCAGACAAGGGUGUGAGUGCCCUGCUUUAUGCCCAACAUCCUGCGGGGUCCACCUGCUGCCCCCAUUCUACGGAGGGAGAGGCCACGGCCCCUGGGUCUGCAGCAGCCGGUGCUCAGCCGUGGGCUCUCUCUGGCCUCGUUCAGGGCCUUGCAGCGGGGAGCCAGCUGGCUGCUGGGCGGCGGCCUCCUGCCCUUCCCACUGGUGUCCAGCCCCCAUUCGGCAGAUUUCAGCCACGCCUCUGUGCAGCCACCUCUCAUCCCUCUUGGUGUCCCCUCCCAGGUGCUCUCAGACUUACCCUGCCCUUGGAUUGGCCCUGGGGUCCUUGUGAUGAUUUGUUGGGUGUUGGGGUGGCUUGUGGGUGACAGCAGGUGCUCUGCAGCCACACCAGCCCUGCUCCUUGGUGACCCUGCCUCUGUGUGUGCUGGGGCCCCAGGGUGUGCGGCAGGCAGUGGCAAGACCGGCACAGGGCGCCUGUCUGGAGCUCUGUGGGCCGGGCAGGGGUCCCCAGUCUUGGGGUCCUGGUAACCCGAAUGCGGGAGCAGUUCUCUGUGUGACUUGGAAAUAGGGCUCUGGCCGGCUGGGCUGGGUCAGGAACCAAGUGGUGGGUCUCAGCGGGCUUGGAGCCAUGGGGUCUGCCGUCAGCUCUCAGCCCUGCUAUUCCCGCCUGGGUUUGGCCCCUUGUGUGGUGCAGCCUCCGCAGUGCCUCCCAGAGGGCUUUGCCCACCACCGGAAGAGGAGGGCUGGGCUGGGAGCCCCAGGGCCAGCCUGCCAGAGGCACUGCCCCCCGUGGCCUGACCCUCGAGGCCAGAAAAGGGGUGGGGACUUGGGAAGGGCCCAGAGGCCGGGCUUUAGCGUGGCCUAUACUCUGUGCUCAUGCGGCUUCGUCAUCUCAGCCACACAGUGGAAAUGCCGCAGAUGCCGUCCGCCAAUGAACCAUGAGCAGAGCUCAGCCACCACACAGGGAAGUCAUCUGCGGGUGCUGCGUGGUGAAAGCAAGGUGCCCAUGGGAGAAGCCGGACGAGGGACCGGGUGUUGUGUGAUCCCGUGUCCAAGAUGUCCGGGACUGGCAGGUCCCAGAGACAGGCCUGAGUGGUGGCUGGGGCUGGGGAGCCCUGCUGCCCCUUGACCCUGUGUGGCUGGUGCUGUCUCCCUGUCCCCAGAUGUGGGCUGUCUGGCUUCCCACCUGUCAGAUGCUUUGGGGGUCAGCUCUCUGUUUUCCCAGGUUCAGUGUGGAGUCUGGCUUGACUCGCAGGCAUUUAGAGGCCUCCGAUGUGCUCCUCAGGUCCCCAGGGUGCUCACGGCGCCCACCUCACCGGUGCAUGGUGGGUUUAUGGUGUGUGAUGUAAAGAGAGGUUUCGGGAGUGCCUGGAACAGGCAGCCCCCUGCCCUGUGGUUGGGAGGUGGAUUUAGGAGCCGUUGCCCUGGGUGACAGCUCCUCUGUGCUCUAUCUGCCGUUUCUGUGGUGUGGGUAGCCCUUGCUUAGGAAACCGAGGCAUGGAGGGGUCUCCCUCGGCCCCAGCCAGUCAGUCGUGGGGCUGGGACGUGAGCCCUGGCUGGUGGCUGCCGCCCAUGUGCUUCUUGCUCCUCCAGGUCUGUGGCCUUGUGACCCAGACCCCACGCCACGUGCCUUCUGUGUGCCAGGGCCGGCAGGGACCCCGACAUGGAGCUGCGGGAGGAGGCCUGGUCCCCGGGGCCGCUGGAUUCUGAGGACCAGCAGAUGGCCAGUCAUGAGAACCCAGUGGACAUCCUCAUCAUGGAUGACGACGACGUCGCCAGCUGGCCCCCCACCAAACUGUCCCCGCCCCAGUCGGCGCCCCCGGCCGGCCCCCCGCCUCGGCCGCGACCACCUGCCCCUUACAUCUGCAACGAGUGCGGCAAGAGCUUCAGCCACUGGUCCAAGCUGACGCGGCACCAGCGCACGCACACAGGCGAGCGGCCCAACGCGUGCGCCGACUGCGGCAAGACCUUCUCGCAGAGCUCGCACCUGGUGCAGCACCGGCGCAUCCACACGGGCGAGAAGCCCUACGCCUGCUCCGAGUGCGGCAAGCGCUUCAGCUGGAGCUCCAACCUCAUGCAGCACCAGCGCAUCCACACGGGCGAGAAACCCUACGCCUGCCCCGACUGCGGCCGCAGCUUCACGCAGAGCAAGAGCCUGGCCAAGCACCGGCGCUCCCACAGUGGCCUCAAGCCCUUCGUGUGCCCGCGCUGCGGCCGCGGCUUCAGCCAGCCCAAGAGCCUGGCGCGCCACCUGCGGCUGCACCCGGAGCUGUCGGGGCCUGGCGUGGCGGCCAAGGUGCUGGCAGCCAGCGUGCGCCGGGCCAAGGCGCCCGAGGAGGCGGGGGCGGCGGCGGACGGCGAGAUCGCCAUCCCGGUGGGCGACGGCGAGGGCAUCAUUGUGGUGGGUGCGCCGGGCGAGGGGGCCGCGGCGGCCGCGGCCAUGGCAGGCACGGGGGCCAAGGCGCCGGGGCCCCGCUCGCGGCGCGCCCCGGCGCCUAAGCCGUACGUGUGCGUGGAGUGCGGGAAGGGCUUCGGGCACGGGGCAGGGCUCCUGGCCCACCAGCGCGCCCAGCACGGCGACGGGCUCGGGGCGGCGGGGGGCGAGGAGCCCGCGCACAUCUGUGUGGAGUGCGGCGAGGGCUUCGUGCAGGGCGCGGCGCUGCGGAGACACAAGAGGGUGCACGCCGUGGGCGUGCCGUCGGUGUGCAGCCGCUGCGGACAGAGCUACUACCAGGCCGGCGAGGAGGUCGUGGACGAUGCGGAGGCGGCCGGAGGGCGGUGCAGCGAGUGCCGCGGCGGGGAGGGCCGGUAGGGGCGGGGCCCGGGGUGGCAGGGUCCCUCGGACCCGGCGGGGACGACGGCGCAGGACCCGGGGCGGAGACGGACAGAGCUCGCGGUCCUCGGAGCCGUGGCGCCCAGGCCACUCCCGCCCCCUGCCCCCGCCCGCCGCCUGCGUUCUUGGCCGGCCCGGGAUAGACAAUGUGAGACCGAGAGACACUGGGACCUCCGGCGGACCCCCCGCCCCCUUUUCUCCUGGUCGGAGGUGUGGACGGCAGCCGGUCCCCCGUUUAGAGGGGCCUCGCGGAGGGCGGGUCAGGGGCCUCCGCCCUUUCUGUUUUCUUAUACCGCCGCCCGGCUCUGCCCGCCGUUAGUUUUUCUCUUGGCCCCGCGGGCCCCACGCAGGUCCUCGCCCCGGUCCCUCCCCUCCUGGGUGUGGGGUAGUGGAGGAGCGCCAGAGCAGAGCUGGGCCCCGUUCCAAGAGUGCCCCUCAGAGAGCGGGGUCCCGUCUCUGUUCCUGGCCUGGGUGCGGUUGGGGCGGGGUGCGGAGGCAAUAAAUGGCACUAUCCUGUC